CUCGCGUAAAAAAAGUAUUUUAUUGUAUAUAUUAUUUAUUCAGCAACAACCACUUGACGAUAUCCUUCCUUGCCAAUGUCAUUAAGCACAAAAUCAUCCUCUUUACCACUCGAUGAUCAUUAUAAUGCAACUACAAACCAGUUAAACUUUCUCAGUCUCAAUGAUCUAUUGCAUCCCACCGAGCAAUCCGAAUUUUUAUUGGACUUUUUAACCAUGGAACAGCUGGCUGUGAUGGAGAAUACCUUGAGAAAAGUAAAAGACAGAAAAAUGGCUUCUGUGGCCGCUGAUUCCGUAAUGGUGGCGUCUUCAGAUGUCAAUGAAUGUGCUACUACUACCUCGUCACCAUCGCCAUUACCACAGCAACAACAACAACAACAAAAUGGGUGGAUGCUGGCAGCUUCUCAACUCGCAAAAACAUUAGCGGAAUCCAUCUCGAUGAACAAUGUCGUUUGUACCGAACUGGCGAUCGAAAAGCCUGAUACUCCUCCUUCGCAAAACAAUUUACCGGCCGCCACUUCGGCUACGCUUCACGAACCGAUAAUUGAAAAACGGGACAAUGUCGAGUGGUUAAGCUUUAUCUAUUCACAUCAUCGUGUUAUGCGCCGUUACUGCAUUCGCACCGAUGUUGAAACCGUCGACAUGUCUCUCCUCGAUGAUGAAUUCAAACGAGAAAAUUGUGUUUACCCACGGGCCAAUUUACCGAAAGAAAUGUAUCACGGAAAUCGCUGGAGUUAUGAAACUGAGUGUAACAGUCUGGGCUGGAAAUUAGCGUGGCUCAAUACCACGGAAAUUGCUGGCAAACGUGGAUUGAUCCAGCGAGCCGUCGACAGCUACCGUAACCGAUAUCCAAGCAUGCGAUCACGACGGGUCGCUCGACAAGAGAAGCUCAAGAAAGGCACUUUACGAAAACGCAAGUUCCAAGAAAUAGUGGCCGAGGCGUCGGAACCUCAUCCAAAGGUGCCUGCGUUGAGCCAGUUGCCAAAGACCAUCACAGUCGAUGUCGACGGCGAAAAAGUUCGUGUGAAGACCAAUAUCGAGUCCGUGAAUCUGGAUUAUAUUGAUCCCGAAUUCCGAAGAGCGAACUGCGUCUUUCCACGGGUUAUGGAUGUCGACCUUGCUGUAGCCACCCCACGUCAACUGGAUGAAGCUCAGUGUAAUCAAGUCGGUUGGAAACUCGCAUGGAUGAAUUCACGUCAACUCGCCAACAAACGAAACUUAUUACAACGGGUGCUCGACAUUUAUCGUACAACCUUCAUGCCUUCACUGACUCCGCGCAAAUACUCGUCUCGUGCUCCUCCUACCACUGUCCCAUCCACUACGCUUCCUUUAACCGCUGAAUCCCUGCAAUUGCUUCCCGAUCAUCGGCCUAAAUGUGAUACCGCCGAUAGCGAAUCCAUCUACAGCGGUACUACCGCCAGUCUUGACUUUGACGAUUGCAUAUCGCCACCCACUGAUCAUGCGGGCACCACUCUUCCCGGCGAAAACCUCAAUCAUACAACCAACGACAACGCAUCCCCCGCGCUUUUAUCAGAUACCAUGUUAUGCGAUCCUUUUUGCCUGAAAGAUUUAGAUGUACCAUCUCUGCAGGAUGAUGGUCUCAGCACAGGCAGCAGCUGUCUCGAGUCUAAAAGCUCACCAACACACUCAUCAGACCAUAUCUUUGAUGACAUCUAUGAUGCCCGACCUUCGUCUUUAUCUCAAGAUCUUGAUCCCAAUAUCUACAGCUUGCCGGAGCCUUUGCCAUUGUUUUCGGUGGAUGUGGACCUCUUGUAUGGCGGUGUAAAAAUGGAAGAUAUCGAUAAUCCCGAUGUGUGGAAUGCCCUGAAUUACCCAUCAUUUACCAAUUGA